AUACGGCAAAUAAAGCCCUGUGAGGCCAUUCGCCUUUUAUUUCCUCCUGACACGGUUGAGGGUACGGUCGGGUACCGAACGGACGGUUAGUCAUGUCAGCACCUGCCAUGGGGACCACCAGGACGGCUCAGAGUGAUGCAAGCCAAAAGAAAAAGAAAGGACCGGGUGCCCUGGCCACCGCUUAUUUGGUCAUAUACAACGUGGUAAUGACAGCAGGGUGGCUGGUCAUCGCCGUGGGUCUGGUGAGGGCGUAUCUGGCCAGAGGGAGUUACCAUGGCCUCUACUACUCCAUAGAGAAACCCCUCAAGUUCUUUCAGACCGGUGCUCUUCUGGAGAUAUUACACUGUGCCGUGGGUAUCGUCCCCUCCUCGGUGGUCCUGACUGGGUUCCAGGUGAUGUCUCGGGUGUUCCUCACCUGGGCCGUGACGCACAGCGUCAGAGAGGUUCAGAGUGAAGACAGUGUCCUGCUGUUUGUGACCGCCUGGACCGUCACAGAGAUCAUCCGCUAUUCUUUCUACACCUUCAGCCUACUCAAUCAUCUGCCCUACCUCAUCAAGUGGGCAAGAUACACCUUCUUCAUCGUGCUUUACCCAAUGGGUGUGACAGGAGAGCUUCUGACCAUCUAUGCGGCACUGCCUUACGUCCAGAAGACCGGCCUCUACUCGGUCACCCUGCCCAACAAGUACAACUUCUCCUUUGACUACCACAGCUUCCUCAUCAUCACCAUGGUCUCAUACAUCCCCCUCUUUCCCCAGCUGUAUUUCCACAUGUUGCGGCAGAGGAAGAAAGUACUUGGUCACGUGGAGGAGUACACCAAAGUGGAGUAGACAGACACCCCCCCCCCACCCCCACCCCUUCUCCGCAGAGCCCUACACAACAGUGACACCCCUAAAAGGACAAGACAAGAGGCAAAGAUAACCUUUAAAAAAAACACACUCACACACACUACAGAUGUAAGAGAAAAUAGUCUGCUCAUUGUAUUACUAUAACCCAACGUUUGCCCCCCUUUCCCGCCCCCCACCUGCACCCCCAUGAAGAAGACAGUAACAUAAUGGUUAACAACAGCAACAAAAUGGUACGUACGUUGUUGAUGAUUGGACUAGGUUAAACUUGAAAGAAAUGCUUGCUGCCGUCAUAACGAAGGUCUACUACAGUAUGCAGGGGUGCAUUUCUUGAAUCCAUAGUUGCUAACUACAUUAGCUACUUUGUUGUUUGCAAUGCAAUUUCCCAUUGGGAACUACCGACAGGCUAACAACUACGCUUUCGAGAAACGCACCCCUGGCUUGGCUUGAUCAUAGUGGUUAGAGGAUUUAAGAGAGCCACUGAGAAGGGCGACUGUUUUGAAGGUCAUGACCUUUAUGGCAGCCGGUACACUGCUGAAACCCUGGGGAGAGGGUGAGAAGAAGAAAAGAAGACUUGCACAUAUCUCGCAAAAGAUGAAGUUAUUAGAGCACUGUUUUUCGAUCCAGGAUGCUUCUGAAAGAUCCAUGAUCAAAACGUUGCUGCUCUCUUUGUAAUUAUAACUCGUUUUUUUGCAAACUGCAUGCAAGUCUCUUUUUUUUCUUUUUCUUCCCUCAUGUAUGGUUUUUGAGAGAGAGAGAGAGAGAGAGUGAGUUGUGUAGCUGCUGAGGUUGCUCUCUUGGAUGUGCGUGCACUACACUGCACCUGUGGAGAGGAUUCUCCGCCCUGCCUGCCAUCCUCCCAUGCGAUGCCCCCACGAACAAAAACACCUCAGCACCUCCUUUGUUGCUCUAUUGUUGUUGUUUUUUUGUUAUUCAUUUGAUUGAUUGAUUAAUUAAUUCUUAAUUCCAAUUCAGUCUAAUCACUGUCAGCUUCCACAGCUUUUAGUCGUUGGAUGCAUCUGUAAGAAAAUGACUCAGAAAAUGUUAUGUUUUUCUCCAUAUUUUUUGUUUUUGUUGCUGUUUUUUCCAUCUUCUUCUUACGGUCUAAAGACAGAAAUUCUGGAACAUUCCUGUGCUUAUGUCAAGAUGCUAAAUUACCUCCUAAUUGUUGGUACACCUACACCAAGACAUUAUUUAAAUGUUUUUCUUUUCUAUUCUGACUGUUCUGAAUCAAACGUACCCCUCUUUUUUAGCACUGACUUAGUUCAAGAAGUUGUAUUGCCUUGACUGCUCUGACAAGACUCCUCUGAGACUUGAUGGUGAUUGUAAGGUUUAUUUUUCUUCAUUAACAGGCUUUGUUGACUAAUUAGCUUUUGAGUGUGUUUGUUCCGUUUUGUUGGCAAUAGCUUGUGUUUUGAAAUCUUGGUAACAGUUGUGUAACUGUUUUGGGGAUGUGUACUCAUAAUGCUUGUACAAUGGUGUGGCGUCACAGGUGGAUAUUUGUGGGCUGUCUACAUGUUAAUGUAUUAAACCAGAUGGAUUUGCAACAACGGUAGCACAAAAUAGUUGGAGCAGGCGUAAUAGUUGUACAGUGAUUGCAAGUAUUGUUUUUGUUUAGUUUAAUUCUUUGUUCUUUUUCGGUUCUGCAUCUGUAUGUUAUUGAACUGCUUUGACAUGCGGCUUACAAAAUGGAUGCAGUGGUCCUGACGAUGCCAGGGUUAUGCGAACAGUAAACUAACUUUGACUGCUUUUCUCACAA